CGCCUAUACAAUCGAGCAUACCUUUCUCUAGUUCUCUACCACGGAUAUCGUCAAGCCGGUCUACACACGUCAACCGUCGACCGUCGAGCUGUAAGAUUAUAUACCGGACUCCAGAGAUCAGCAACACAGAAAGUCUUUCCAUGCCUGGCGCUCACAGCACUUGAACCGGUUUCAAGGCCAGUGUGGACCUAAACAAUGUCGAACUCGUCGUUGGCCUCUCCUCUACGUGGGCUUUGCCCACCACCAUUUUACGAUGCAGCCAUGUUCGGGCUUGAUGGAUUCGUUGCAGGACGAUUCUGCGCGCCUGUCCCACAGAUUCAGAAAGGCCUACAGUGCUGUUUGCCUUGUCCUGUAACGGACUUUCUGUAUCCUCCAGAAUUCAAAACGUGGUAUCGGGUCGCAGAAGCCUUGAAUGUUGCAGGUUUAAUUCUCCUUGUCUUUCUUUUGAUUUCUUUCCUAUGUCUUCCCCCGGAGAAGACGAGGAGACAUUAUCUAAGCUACUGCUUGAUCGUUGCUGCUAUCAUGAUGGCGCUCGGUUUCGUCAUUCCCUUCGGGGCGAGACCCGAACAGUGCUACGAUGAAAUAACGCCCAACGACAUGUUUUCCAGCUUGACCUGCGCGUUCUCCGGUGCCUUUCUCAUUGCCGGAGGCCUCUCGAUGGCUGUGUGGAUCUUCAUUCGCGCAUUGUCAAUGCAUCUGCAGAUUUGCUGGGACGUCAUGCCCGGAAAGCAAUUUUUCUAUUGGUCUCAAGGAUUGGGCUGGUCGGUCGCCGCAGCAUUCUUCUGCGCCACCAUCUCAGUCACUGGUGUCUCGUUCCGCUUUGGAGAUGUCUGUCACGUCAACUCUGCAGAGUCCAUGAAAGACUUCUGGGGGCCACUACUAGCAAUUGCCGGGGCUGCCAUGAUUGUGCAAUUGGCAACGUUCGCAUAUUGUAUCAAGGUAUACAUUAAGAACAUGUGGAGCGACGAUAAAACAGAAACCCAGAGCAGCGCUGGUCUCCCUUCAUACACUACCAGUGUUCGUGCUCGUUCUGCACGAGCUGUCUACCGACGUGUCCGCAAAGUCGUCUGGCUUCAAUGGCGUGGCAUCACGAUUGUCGUCUUCAUUCUCGUCGACGUCAUAUUCUUCUCCGUUGUUUUCAUCUGGCUCAACUCAGUGGAAACCUCCGCUACCGAUGAUAUUUCAAAGGCAAUGCCUUUCCUGUUAUGCUUGAUGAAAAACCCCCUAAAGCCUGACCCAUGUCAUGGACUCGGCCAGGAAUUGUUCGUCAAUCAAUCCACCGUCAUUGCUAUUCUGAUCAUGCUUUCUUUGGCUGGCAUUCAAUGCUUUAUUCUUCUUUUCCGUUUCUCCAUGUUCAAAGCAUGGUGGACUCUUUUGCAGUCAAGGUUCAGCUCAAAACGCGAAUUUGUCUCUUUAGACGCCAAACAGUACCCUGCCGACACUCACAAUUAUGAGCUUAAUAAAUUCGCACAAAGCCCCCUGAAGGCUCCGGAAAGUGCUCUCACCAGCCCCGAUGGAGACUACAACCCGUAUAGGCGGUCAUUGACAGGGACACCGGAUUAUUUUGGAAAGGAAGUUCAGCGCGACUACAAGUCUCCGACCCUCAGUUUCUCGACACCACGAGCGCCAUCACAAGCAGCGAUGCAUGUAGAUUGGGAUCCGCGGGCCACGCACGCAAGAGGAGGACUGGGACUGCACCCCAUCGAUGACGAUUCGGACGACGGCAUGAAGAACAAACUAUGAUUACCGAUCUUGAGUACAUGUUACGGAUGACGUACAUACAACAACGCUCAAAUUCGGAUUACCCAGGAUUGACCGUCUCUCCCGGACUCGUCUCGCCACCAGUACCUCCCCACACCCAGGCCACGACUUGCGCUUUUCCUUUUCACUUAUACCCGAGGCUCUAGCGAGUUCUCAAAAGUCUUUCAUUUUCCAAGGUCGUCACAACGCCAUCAAGGAGUCCCAAAGAAGAAGGGGCUAAUCAGAUGGG